AUGCGCCUCAUCAACACCGAAACCCUCACCCUCGUCGAGUUCCUCGAAACCGACGUCCCCAAAUACGCCAUCCUCUCACACACCUGGGAAGACCAAGAAGUCACCUUCCAAGACUUCCCCCACGACGCCAUCCGCUCCCGCAAACGCGGCUUCACCAAGCUCCAGAAGCUCUGCGAGCUCGCCAGACAGGACGGUCUGCAGUACGCCUGGGCCGACACCUGCUGCAUCGACAAGACCAGCAGCUCCGAGCUGACAGAGGCCAUCAACUCCAUGUUCCGGUUCUACCUCCACGCGGACGUGUGCUAUGCCUGGCUCAUGGACCUCCCGCCGGAUAAUCGCGAUAUUCACUACCAGCUGCCCAAGUGUCGGUGGUUCACACGAGGGUGGACGCUGCAAGAGCUCAUCGCCCCGCGGGUCCUCAAGUUUUAUGACCAGACGUGGGCGUUUCGCGGGACGAAGAGUACUCUUAGACAGCUCAUUACGCAGAUUACGAAUAUUAGUACUGCUGUUCUCAAGGAUCCUGCAAGACUCAGCCAACUCCCUGUCGCACAGAAGAUGGCGUGGGCGGCAAGUCGACAGACUACGCGCAUUGAGGACAUGGCGUAUAGCUUGCUGGGCAUCUUCGACGUCAACAUGCCAAUGAUCUACGGUGAAGGGCCACGGGCAUUCUUGCGCCUACAGGAAGAAAUUGCAAAGGAGAAGAACGACCCUAGCCUAUUUGCGUGGAGAACAUCGCUAUCAUCACCAUCGUCGUCAGGAGGAGACCAGAAGCAAACACAUCACGGUAUGUUCGCCUCUACGCCCGCAGACUUUGUCAACUCAGGAUCCAUCCACCUCAUCAACGACCCCAUGUUCAGCACCGAAUUCCUCAUCACAAACAAAGGCCUCCGCAUCGACUCUGACCUUUUCCCCGUCAGCGACCGCAUCUUCUUCAUGGACAUGAACUGCGUCGACUUUGCUCCCUACGGAACCUCCUCAGCAACCUCCACCAACCACGUAUCAUCAAGCCGCCGCCACAUCGGCAUCCUCAUCAAGUCCCACGGCGGCGGCGUCUAUAGCCGCGUCGAAGCAGACCGCUUCGCCACACCCCCCGGCGGAAACCCCCUCCACAGCAUCCGCGUCUUCCUCCCCAAGCACGUCAGCCCCAGCCGCUCGCUCUACCUCGAGACCCUCUUCAGCUACUCCUUCAUCUUCCGGAGGGGCGUCAAACCACCUACUCAAGCCUUUCUCUUCACGCCGCUCUCUUACAUCCCCGAGACGGAGUGGGAUACCCGCCAGCACAUGUUUCAGACUCGCGGGAGAGAGGACUUUGCUGCUUACACGCAUUUCAGACCGGAUCCUAGUUUCACAAAUUGCAGUGAUUUCAUAUUAGCUUUUGGGGGUGUGAAAGAGGAAGGAAAGCCGUGGAUCGGGGUUGCGCUCCCCGACGAUUUGAACAUAGCACCUCAUCUAGGGGAUGCUAAUAAAGUAGGUAGUGCCGUGCGAAAAAAGAGACACACGACCGUCAAAGUUCGGUAUGACGAAAACUUGCGGAGAACGUAUUAUGUGCAUGCUUCAUUGAGGACAGCUAGAGUGGGUGUGGAUAUUGUGCACUUCAUCGAUCUGAGCUGCACUACCGAGAGAGUUCCGAGAGCCAGAGGGAAUUCGAGUGUGUAG